GGGUCGGGCCGAGCUUUGCGCUGCCGGCAGCUGCGGGGACAUGGCGGCCGAGCUGAGCUGAGCUCCGGGUGGGGCGGCUGGAGGGACAUGGCGGCGCUGCGGGCCGCCCUGCUGGGUGCCCUGCUGGGAUGCACGGCAGCGGCCCUCAUCCCCUUGGCCGACGUGAAGGUGGAGGUGCUGCAUAAACCCUUCCUAUGCCACCGCAGGACCAAGUGGGGGGACCUGAUGCUGGUGCACUACGAGGGAUUCCUGCAGAGCGACGGAUCCAUGUUCCAUUCCACUCACAAACAUAACAAUGGCCAUCCUAUGUGGUUUACACUUGGCAUAAGAGAAGCCAUCAAAGGCUGGGACAAAGGUUUGAAGGACAUGUGUGUGGGAGAGAAGCGGAAGCUAACUAUUCCACCAGCCCUUGCUUAUGGAAAAGAAGGGAAAGGAAAAAUUCCACCUGAGAGCACACUGAUCUUCAAUAUUGACCUUCUAGAAAUUAGGAAUGGACCCAGAUCACAUGAGUCAUUUCAGGAGAUGGAUCUUAAUGAUGACUGGAGGCUGUCCAAGCAAGAGGUGAAAAUUUACCUGAAGAAAGAAUUUGAGAAGCAUGGAGCAGUGGUAAAUGACACCCAGCACGAUGUUUUGGUUGAAGACAUUUUUGAUAAAGAAGAUGAAGACAGUGAUGGGUUUAUAUCUGCAAGGGAAUUCACAUACAAGCAUGACGAGCUGUAGAAAAGGGUGACAUAAUUUUUUUUGACACAAAUGGCAAUGACUUAGACUGUCUGGUUCUCUUGUCGUCUCGAUUCCGUUGUUUGGAGCUGACAGCUGCCAUGGGCGGAAAAGAAAUGACAAAAAAACAAACCCAUGCUGUUUUUUUAUAUUAAAAGAGAAUUCUGUUCUUUAUGUAAUUAGAAAAAGAAAUGUUGAACUACUUGUAAGUUUGAAAUUGUACUUAAUGUUGUGCAAUGGAGACUUGCACACUUGGUGUUUUUUAAUUUUGUAUUAACUUAUUUUUUUAGAAAUGAAACAAGGUUUCCAGUUAUCGAACAACUUGAAAAUCAAAAUCCAGUACAGUGCUUUUAUGUGCUUUAUUUCUUCAGAUCACGUUCAGUGGCUUUUACAUAUGACUUCUGGUCUGACUUAAUCAAUUAUUUGACCUUCUUUCUUAUAUGUUGCUGCUUGUAAAGCAGCGUGCUGGCCUUGCUUGCUUUCUGCAGAUUUUGGAAAGCUAUACUAGAAAGCUUCAGCACCUCAUAUGACAACUGAGAAACCGAUACAGAGCUGAAUGAGAAGAAUGGCUGUCCUAUGGUGAUUCUGCUUCUCUAAAGGGAGAAUACCAAAAUAACUGUUUGCAUCACUAAAGAAAGAAAUGUAACAGACAAAUCAGGAGUCAAAUAUUUGACUUUCUCAUUUUCAUAUUGGCACCGUUAUAGAAAAUAAUGUACUGUUUUCCAAAUAGCAGUUUUGUUGUUCUGCAGAGGUAAUGUCCUUCAUUUCUUUACAUGUGUUGCUUUUGAAACAGAUUUUUGUGUUUGCAAAAAGAUUACGCCGUUUUUGCCUCAGGUUUUGAGAGGCUUCUUUUUUUCCCCAUUUUCAGAAAGGAAGGAGCAUGCUAAUAUGAAGGUCAGUAUGUCCUGAAGAACACUUGUGUUGCUUGCCAGCUUUGCUACUGUCUGAAUUGUAGAACUUGUCUUAUUUUUUGCACCUUUGCUGUAUUUUCACAGGUAGAAAAAAUGUUAUUUGAGUCUUAAGUAAUAAAGUGACCUUUUUAGAAAAAUAGAGGUGUGAGG